UAACAGGCAGUUCAGUUUUCAGAAGGUUGAGUGGUGGCUGGGUCUUCCUGGUGGGAUGUGGGGGUUCCUUUCUGGCCUGAGACGCCUGGGCUGGGGCCAGUCACAGGCUUCCAGGGUAGAUGCAGAAUUCUUGCUCUCCCCAGAUGGACUCUGGGAGGCCUGAGCCCAGGGAACAAGAUCCAGGAGACAUGGAGGUAGAGCAGGAACUGAAAUGGAUGGAACUAUGCUCCCAGGAUGCCCUGGAAGCCAGAAGAGAGGGGCCCAGUGCUCCGCAGGAGUUGGGGCGCUUGCUUCAUGCUGUGUGGAAAGGUCCCGCAGGCCUGGUGAUGCAGCUGCUGAGACAAGGGGCUAGCGUGGAGGAGAGGGAUCUAGUGGGCAGAACCCCACUCCACCUGGCAGUGCUGCGAGGCCAUGCACCACUGGUGCGCCUCCUGCUGCAACGGGGCGCCAGGGUGGACGCCGUUGACCAUGCUGGACGCACGCCGUUGCAUGAGGCAGCCUGGCACGGGCACUCGCAGCCCCAGGCAGAACAGAGGAGCAGCAGGCUGCAGGAUUUGAGGACCAUUAGGGAUAAAAGUGGAAGUUUCCGAGCAGAGCCCCUGCAGGGGUGUCACCCAUGGAAGCAGUGCUGGGAACCUCCCUUCCCCUUCCAGGACAUUGAAGUACUGCUGGAUCAUGGGGCUGAUCCCACCAUCAGGGACAGGCAUGGCCGCUCUGCGCUCCACAGGGCUGCUGCUGGUGGACACCUGUGCGCUGUCCAACUACUGGUAGCUCGGGGAUCUGAGGUGGCUGCUCAGGACUCACUGGGCUUCACACCCCUGCACCACGCAGCUCGAGGAGGCCAUGUGGAGGUCACCAGCCAUCUCUUGGAUAGAGGCGCGCAGGUCAACGCUGUUGGCUGGCUCCACAAGACACCCCUGCACCUUGCUGCAGAGCAUGACCAUCGCCCUGCUGUGGAGCUUUUGCUGAGCCAUGGGGCCAACCCGACCCUGAGGACCCAGUGGGGUGAGAUGACCCAGAUGUCCAAGGAGGACCUGCCCGAGGUGCUGACUGCCUUUGAAGGGAGGAGGACUGCUAAGAGCACACAGCCCUGUGGCCUCUGAGCUUGCUGAGCGUCACUGUAGUAGGCUACACGCGUCAGUUCAGCAGCCCCAGCCCCAGCCCCAGCCCCG